UCAGUGUACAUAGUGCGCGCAUGCGUGUAGGUGCAAACGUGCGCUGCGUCGCGUCGUCGCGCCCAUGAAAAACGAAAACGUGAGACAAUUUCUGCGGCCAGUAUCUUAAAUUUUAAGGAGAUUUAUUUAUUUGGUCAAAUUUUAAUAAACUUUGCCAGAGAAUCGUAAAAUUACGCGAAGAGUACAAAAAGGGUCAGACUUUUGUAGUCCUAGAAAAAAUAGAACACUGCCGAAAAUAUUCAAUGUAGGCUGAACAUUUUUUGGUCAUUUCUCGACAAUUUAUUUUUCAAAUAAAGUGUGCAGAUGUAGUGUUAUCUAUUAAUUAAAUGGUGCUAUUAUAAGGACCAAUCUAGUUAUUUUUAUUGAUUCGGACUUAUGUUUCAAAAAACUUAUUCAGUUCGAAUGCCAAAAUCCUGAUCAACAAUGGGGGUGCUAUCGGUGGCAUCGACUGCUGCGAAGUCAGCCCUGACCAUAGCUGGCAUCGGGAAGCUGUCCUUCAUACCUCUCAUGCUGGCCACCAUGGCUUACUUCAACUACGACCUGGUCGACCCUGAGAACAGACCAUUUAACCAGAAACAUUUGAGGGAGAUGUAUGAUUUUGUGAUAGUGGGAGGCGGUUCAGCCGGGUCGGUGCUGGCGAACAGAUUGUCAGAAGUGGAAGGCUGGAAUGUUCUGCUGUUGGAGGCAGGAGGUCACGAGACUGAUAUCAGCGAUGUGCCAUUGCUAUCAUUGUAUUUGCACAAGAGCAAGUUGGAUUGGAAAUACAGAAGUCAACCUCAAGACACGGCCUGCCAAGCCAUGAUAGAUAAGCGCUGCGCCUGGACCAAGGGAAAAGUCCUAGGAGGGUCAUCAGUUCUCAAUACCAUGUUGUACAUUAGAGGAAACAAACGAGACUUCGACCAAUGGGAGUCAUUCGGAAACCCUGGCUGGGGUUACGAAGACGUUCUGCCGUAUUUUAAGAAGUCCAUGGAUCAGAGGAACCCUUAUCUUGCGAAAAACAAAAGACAUCAUGCCACAGGUGGUUACCUGACCGUGCAAGACUCGCCAUACAACACACCCAUCGGCGCAGCUUUCCUGCAAGCCGGUGAGGAGAUGGGCUACGAUAUUGUGGACGUGAACGGAGCACAGCAAACCGGUUUUAGUUGGUUUCAAUUCACGAUAAGACGAGGUACCCGAUGCUCGACUGCUAAAGCCUUCCUUCGUCCAGUGAGGUUACGAUCAAACCUUCAUGUCGCUCUAUUCGCGCACGCCACAAAAGUUUUAAUAGACAAAGAAAGUAAAAGAGCAUUUGGAGUAGAAUUCUUUAGAGAUGGGGAAAUGCAAGUAGUAUACGCUAAAAGAGAAGUAAUUUUAGCAGCUGGUGCUGUAGCGUCACCUCAACUGCUUUUGUUGUCUGGUGUUGGGCCCAAAGAACAUCUCAAAGAAGUAGGUAUAAAUGUUAUUCACGACUCCCCUGGAGUUGGCAAAAACUUACAAGACCAUAUAGCCGUUGGAGGCAUAGUAUUCAGAAUAGACUAUCCAAUCAGUUUAGUUAUGAACAGACUUGUUAAUAUAAAUUCAGCGUUACGUUAUGCUGUUACAGAAGAUGGUCCCUUAACCUCUAGCAUUGGACUAGAAGUAGUAGCGUUCAUAAAUACAAAAUAUGCAAACAAAACAGAAGAUUGGCCCGAUGUAGAAUUUAUGAUGACUUCUUGUUCGACUCCUUCUGAUGGAGGAACGCAAGUCAAAAAAGCUCACAGUCUAACCGACGAGUUUUAUAAUGAAGUUUUCAGCGAAAUCAACAACAAGGACAUAUUCGGGAUUUUUCCGAUGAUGUUACGUCCAAAAAGUAGGGGCUUUAUAAAAUUGAAAUCUAAGAAUCCUUUUGAUUAUCCCUUGAUGUACCACAACUAUUUGACGCAUCCAGAUGAUGUGGGUGUUUUAAGAGAGGGUGUGAAAGCUGCUAUUGCUGUAGGGGAAACUCAAGCUAUGAAGAGAUUUGGCGCAAGAUUCCACAGUAAACCAGUGCCGAAUUGCAAGCACCUACCACAAUUUACUGAUGAGUACUGGGAUUGUUUUAUUAGUCAAUAUACUAUGACGAUAUAUCAUCUCUCGGGUACAGCAAAAAUGGGUCCAUCUACUGAUCCUAUGGCUGUAGUCGAUCCUCAGUUACGGGUGUAUGGUAUAGAAGGCCUACGUGUCAUAGAUGCUAGUAUAAUGCCCACGAUUACAAAUGGAAACCUUAAUGCUCCUGUCAUAAUGAUUGGAGAAAAAGGUGCUGAUCUAAUAAAAGAAUCUUGGUUGCCAAAGAGAAAUAGCAGAUCAACUGUAUGUUCAAAAAUGAAUUUAAGCAACAUAACAAAUGUUCCAUUUUGUUCAACAAAAAGAUGAUAUUAACAUAGAUUGCUUCUAGUAGGCCAUAUUUUAGUAAUUAAGACCAAGAGGGUAAAUCAUAAAAAAAUAAAGUAUACUUUAAGUUAAAGUAUGUUUUGUCACUAUUGCAUUUUACAAUAUUUGACAUUGACAGAACGAGUCAAAAAGUACGCUUUAUCUUUUUUAUGAAUAAGGGGGUAGGAAUUUAUUAUGUAACACCAAAAUAUUUUAGUGAUUGUGAUAUUAAAACGGUAUCUGAAAAUUAGCAGUUACCAUAACUUUUCUAGUCUUAGAAAUCACAACUAUAGAUUGAUACGAUAUGUUACUUAAUUGUUUUAGUAAAUGUAGUAAAUUGGUUUUAAUGAUCACAGAAAACAUUGAGAAAUGGAGCUAUUCUAUUUAUAAAAUGUACACCAUGUAAAUAUAUAAUAAAAAUGUAAUAUAGAAAUAAUGUACAAAUGGAUAGCAAAAUGGUUAUACUAUGCACUUUAUAAUUAUAUUGUAAAAGAUACAUUAUACUUCUAUAAAUAUGAAACUUUACUAAAUAAUAAAAAGAAACAUCUUGCACCUUACGCUUAACACUAAUAUAAUUUUAAAUGGAUUUGUUAUACAUGUCACACAUGCUUUUUAACUUAUUUUGGAAAAUAAUAAUGACAUGAAAAAAUUCUAAUAUAAUUUGUUAUAAAUGCUUCAUUCUGAAACUGACAAAUUAAUUAAACGUGGCUUUGACAGACAUUUUAACAAAAUCAAAAAUAUAUACUUUGAGUUUUUUUUUCAACAUAAUUACACGAAAAUAGGUUAAGCAAGAAGUUUGUUUUUUCUAUACUUCCCAAAAUGGCGGCUUCCUGGUAAGAGGUAUUGUUAUAAUUUUUGUUUAAAAAAGUAAAUUGUCUGUUAUAUCAAAUAAAAAUUGUAUACAUAUUUUAUUUA